UGAAAAAGAGCAACGUCUUACCAACUGCAUUAGCACCGAUCGAUUGCCUGGGGCCACAUUGACGCUUCUUAAGACUUGACCUCACUCCACUCCACACCACCUCAGCAACCCAGCCCCUCGCAACGAACUAAGCUGUGCACCUGAGAAGCUACCAUCGUCAAAAUGAAUGUGAGAAUCGACAGGCAUGCGAAUGCAACGGUGUGGAGACCUCCCGAAGGUGAAAUCCCAUUCGACGUCCCCGAGGCCGGUAAGCCGUGCCACACGUGGUACAAAGUGGUCGGUGAUUUGAACGUCACUUCACCAUCAAUAGUCCCAUUGAUCACUCUACAUGGUGGACCAGGUGUCUGUCAUGAGUUAUUGGGCCCAUUAGCAGAUUUGAACGAGCAAUACGGCAUUCCCGUGAUCUUCUACGACCAGAUCGGCAAUGGCAAGUCCACGCAUAUACGAGAGAAAGCCGGUGAUGAAGCCUUUUGGUCCGUGGAAUUGUUCAUGAGAGAACUCGAUAAUCUCAUUGAUUAUCUGGGUAUACGAGAUGGCUUCGACCUCUACGGCCAAAGCUGGGGCGGAUUACUGGCGUCACAAUAUGCUACUUUACACCCAAAGGGUUUGCGCAAGAUGAUCCUCGCAAAUUCACCGGCCAGCGUUGAGCUUGUCCUCAAGGGCGAAGAAGCGCUACGAGCAGCGUUGCCAAAGGAAGUGCGAGAGACCAUUGAGAGAUGUGAAAGAGAAGGUACGACGGAUUCUGAGGAGUAUGCGAAAGCAUUAGAGGUUUACCGGAAGAGACAUAUUUGCCGUAUCGAUCCUUUUCCAGAAGAGAUGAACAUUGCAAUGAGACACAUGAAAGAGGAUCCCACUGUGGUCAAUACAAUGUGGGGAGGCGACAAGUUGAAGCCUACAGGAAGCCUCAAAGACUGGACGAUCAUAAAGGACAUUCCGAAAAUUGAAGUAGAGACUUUCGUCCUCCAUGGUCGAUAUGAUCAGGUGCAAGACAUCUCUGUAAUUCCUUUCUUCGAGCUCUUGCCGAGGGUCCGAUGGGUGACGCUCGAGAAAUCUAGCCAUUUACCGUUCUUUGAAGAGCGAGAGAGAUAUAUGGAAUUGUUGGGUGGUUUCUGCGGCGGUUUUCCGAAAUGAUUUGGUAGUUAAUCAACGGCAGCAGUUGUGGAGGCAGAACAAAAAACGGAGCAGCAAAAACUGGAAGCGGGAAAAGCAACGUGCGCUCUUCAAGCAUUUGCAAUCUAUUUUAGAUUCAGUUUAUUGCACAAAUAAUCCAAG